AUUACAACCAAGGUAGAGGAGUUGGAACUUAUUACCUCUCGGCAGAAAAGUAUCCGGGACUGCUGUGUUAUGGUCCUUCUAGAGACGUGGCUGGAUCCCUCCUUUCCACAGGGACUUCUGCAGCUAGAAGGACGCUCAGUAAUUAGAGCGGAUAGAACCGCCGAAUCCGGGAAGAGCAGAGGAGGAGGAAUUUGCGUUUAUAUAAAUAACAACUGGAGCUCGGACAUCAAACAAAUGGACACGCAUUGCUCUCCUGACUUGGAGUACCUAGUGGUGAAGUGCCGCCCUUUUAUUUGCCAC